AUGAACAGCAGCGAGGCAAUCUUUCAGCAUGAGGUUUGGGGCGGGGAGCACAUCCACAUCGGCCUGCACUCCAAGCUCGAGGGGGAACACGUCAAGCUGGAGGGGGUGGAGCGCAUCAAGAAGGCCAGCUCCCUGAGCACCGAAGAGAUACUCUCCCGGUGCUUCCCCUCCGGCACGAAUGGCAACGGCGCUCCACCCUCGGCGGAGUGUACCAUGGUGGACCUGGGGUGCGGCUACGGGGGCACUGCCAGGGUGGCUGCCAAGAAGCUUGGCUGCAAGGUGGUGUGCAUCAACGUUUCGAAGCGUGAGAACGAGACGAACGUCGCUAUGACCAAAGAGGCCGGCCUCCAAGACAAGGUGAUCGUUCCCGGGGAGAAGUCGUUCUUCGAAACGGGACUGCCGGACGCCAGCUGCGACGUGGUGGCCUCCCAGGAUGCUCUCCUACACUCCGGGCCGGAGCGGCACAGGUCCAUGGCCGAGGCAGCCCGCGUGCUCAAGCCCGGGGGCAGGAUGGUGUUCUCGGACAUCAUGCAGUUCAAAGAGACCGACCCCAAGGACCUACAGGAUGUGUACAACCGGUGCCACCUGGAGGACAUGUCCACCCCCGAGGAGUACAUCAAGUGGGGCAAGGUCCACGGGCUCGAGUUCGUGGAGUUCGUCGACAUGGCCGAGAACCUCGCCACGCACUACGGAAGUGUCCGGGACGUGUUGGUGUCGCGGCGCGGCAACUUGGAAGGCGUGGAGGACGAGUUCAUCGACAACAUGGUCAGGGGAAUCGAGGCUUGGAUAUCGGCGGCUCAGCGCAACCUCAUCUGCUGGGGCUACAUGACCUUCACCAAGCCGGACGACGACUCAAGCGACGAUAACGCGACGGACGCCAUCUCGGCUACAGCUGAGGGGUGGUACAACUCGGACAACGCCUUCAACUUCUACUUCAAGGUGUGGGGCGGAGAGCACAUCCACGUAGGCCUGUACAGCAAGCUCAACGCGGAAGAAGCCAAGCUGCCCGUCCUGGACCGCAUCAAGAAGGCCAGCAUCCUGAACGCCGAGGAACUGCUCGCCCGAUGCUUCCCCGCCAGCGCUAACGGGACUAGCGGCACUAACGGCAACGGCGCGCCUCACACAUCGGAGAGCACCAUGGUGGACAUGGGCUCCGGAUACGGGGGCUCGGCCAGGCUCGCAGCCAAGACGCUCGGCUGCAAGUCGACUGUACCUUCUGGCCUUGCCUGCGUGUCUGCCUGCCCGCCUAUUUUGUCGGAGGAUCACGCUGACAAGAAGGUUGGUAGUCUGCGGUGCAAUGUCUGA